AUGAUGGUCUUCACAGGUGACUGUAGCCGCCUCCGGUGCUUGUCCGGGCAACAAGAGGAGAAGUCUCAACCUCCAGUGUUCAACUGGACUGAAACAUUCCAGUCCUGCUCCGACCUGAUAGUUGACAGAUCUUCAGAAAUGUCUGACCACGAGUCAGACGAUUGUAACCGAUCUCCCUUCACCAGUGGAGACGCGGGGAUGGACGGCCCCUGUUCCAGCAGCUGGGCGGUGGGUCCCACCGUGCCGAGUGGCUCUCCUCAGCUCAACAUCAGAUCUCUCUCAUCUGUGGACCGGCCCAAGGAGCAAGUGCUCAUCAAUGGUGACGGCAUUGAGUUGCCGCAGAAGGUCCUCUUCCCUCCAGACCUUCUCGAUCUGAAGUGGACCCAGGUUCACCCUAUCGGUGCCGGACUAAAGAACAUGGGGAACACAUGCUUCCUCAACUCAGUACUGCAGUGUCUCACCUACACGCCUCCAUUUGCUAACUUCUUGCUGACCGGCGAGCACUCUAAAACAUGUAACGUUCCGGGGUUCUGUAUGAUGUGUUCCAUGGAAAACCACAUCAUUGAGGUCUUUUCCAAAUCUGGGAAAGUCAUCAAGAACGUUGGUGUGGUUAAUGAGCUCCACAGGAUAGCACCGCAGUUCGAGAUUGGAAGUCAAGGGGAUGCUUAUGAAUUCCUGCGGUACACAAUGGAGGCUAUGCAAACUUCUUGCUUACCUGGACCCAAAUUGGACAGGGAGACAGUCUCAACUUCUUUCAUCCAUCAAGUAUUUGGCGGGGACCUCAGGUCCAGAGUUAAAUGUUCAAACUGCAACGCAGUUUCGGAUACAUUUGAUCCAUUUUUAGAUAUCAAUCUAGAAAUUAAGACGGCUUCAAGCGUCUCGAAGGCUCUGGAGGAGUUUGUUAAGCUCAAGCAUCUUGAAGGUGACAACGCCUACAAGUGCAUCGACUGCAAUAAAAUGGUCACAGCCGUGAAGGGAUUUAGCAUCCACCGCAACCCCAACGUGCUCACCUUCUUACUCAAAUGCUUUGCAAACAACAGAGGACGCAAAAUAAAAGAGAAUGUAAAAUAUCCAGAGUUCCUGGACAUGCGGCCGUUCAUGUCUCAGACUCAAGGAGAGGCCCAACUUUACGGCCUGUACGCUGUGAUUGUCCACUCUGAAUACAGCAGUUGCAUUGGACACUUCUUCUGCUAUAUUAAGUCGAGCGAUGGUGAUUGGUAUGAGAUAAACGACGCCUCUGUGUCCGUCAGUGACAUCAGUACUGUUCUCAACCAGCAGGCCUAUGUCCUGUUCUACAUAAAGUCCAGUGAUGGGAAAAAAACAGCGGACUGCAGUCACAUGAACCACAACCCUGGAAUCCCUGGUCAACCCUCUCCGUCUCCCUUUCCCUCUCCCUCCCCCUCCUCCUCCCCCUCCUCCUCCCCCUCCCCCUCUCCCUCUCCCUCUCCCUCUCCCUCUCCCUGUCCCUCCACCUCUCCCUCCACCUCUCCCUCUCCCUUUCCCUCUCCCUCCCCUUCCUCCUCAUCCUCCUCCUCCUCCCCCUCCUCCUCCUCCUCCUCCUCCUCAAUCUCCCACUCAAUCAGCCGGCCCACAAUGAUCCCAGACCAUGACAUACUUCAGAAGCUUCCAUCUUUCAUUAAACAAAGCAAGCAGAACCACCUAUCCUCCUCCUCCUCAUCCUCUUGCAGCCAGCCCACCUCUGCCAGCAUCACCCCCUCCACCUUUCUACCCCCCUCACAGUCUACCUCAGACGUCCACUCAGAGGUUCCUAUCAUUCCACGUCAGCUUCACCACGUUAACGGCAUGUCUUGCAGUAACAGCGAUCACCACACUCUAGGUAGUGGAGCACCCCCCUCCUCCUCCUCCUCCUCCCUCUCCUCCUCCAUCUCCAACUCAAUCAGCCGGCCCACUGUCCACCACCCCACGGAGAGCUACCGCGACAGGUCCCCUCACCAUGACCACCGCCACCGAUCCAGAGAUGAUUGGGACUUUGAGCGGAGGGGUCAAGGUCGCUCCUACUGGGAAGAGUUUCGUAGUCGCUGGAGGUGGCCUCAGGAGGGUCGUGAAUCCCGGAUAAAGGAGGAAAAGAGCAGCACCAGGGAGAGGAACACUUACCCUUCAAAAGAGGAGACUUCUUUUCCUGCCACAGUUUCAGAUAUAGGCUUGCUGCUUCUGCCUCCAUUCUUCAUGACGAGAUCAGCUCCAGACACAGACGAUCAAAAUCCCAAGAGGGUUGCUGAUAAUAAGAGGAAGAGAGAUAAGUCAAAGGACAAAGACCAACACAGAGAGAGCGGAAAUUCUGACAUGGAUUCAGACAGAAAUGCUGAAAUAAAAAAGAAGAAGACAAGCAGGCAGCAGCAGGAUGAGGAGUCCAAGCAGCACAGCCAAGGCGCCGCACAGAGGCCCAAUAACAGAAGCCGCUUGGAACCUGAAAGCCGCAAGCGGAAGUUCUGUCACAUCGAGGACAGUACAUGCAUCUAUGGUUUUCCAACAGGAAAACGGCGCCACUGA